AUGAAAGAUGAGUUCGAAAUGAAAGAUCUUGGAAAGACAAAGUUUUGUCUUGGGCUCCAGAUAGAGCAUUUCCAAGAUGGAAUAUUUUUGCAUCAAUCAAAUUACACCAAAAGGGUGUUAAAGCGCUUUUAUAUGGAUAAAGCGACUCCUUUGAGUAGUCCAAUGGUCAAUAGAUCGCUUGAUGUUAACAAGGAUCCAUUUCGACCUAUUGAAGAUUCUGAAGAAAUGUUAGGUCCUGAAGUACCUUACAUGAGCGCCAUCGGGGCACUUAUGUAUCUUGCAAAUUGCACAAGACCAGAUAUAGCUUUUGCUACUAAUCUGCUUGCAAGAUACAGCUCAUCGCCUACCAGAAGACAUUGGAACGGAAUAAAACAUAUAUUCCGUUAUCUUCAAGGUACGAUUGAGUUUGGAUUAUAUUAUUCAAGAAACCCCGAGGUUGGUUUAGUUGGUUUUGCAGAUGCUGGCUACUUGUCUGAUCCGCAUAAAGCUCGAUCGCAAACCGGUUAUGUUUUCACAUACGGUGGAACCGCGAUCUCUUGGCGUUCCCAAAAACAAACAUUGGUUGCAACGUCUUCAAAUUAUGCAGAAAUCAUUGCUCUCCAUGAAGCUUGUAGAGAGUGUGUAUGGUUGAGAUCUUUGAUCCAACACAUACAAGAAGCCAGCGGAGUAUCUACAAAGAAAGAGCCAACAACCAUAUACGAAGACAAUUCUGCAUGUGUCACUCAACUCAAAGAAGGAUGCAUCAAGAGCGACAGGACAAAACACAUCCUUCCAAGAUUUUUCUCUUACACUCAAGAACUUGAGAAAAAUCAAGAAGUGGAUAUUCAGUAUGUUCGCUCAAGUGACAACGCAGCUGAUCUUUUCACAAAGGCGCUUCCUACUACAGUGUUCAAGAAGCAUGUUCAAAGUAUUGGAAUGCGUCGUUUUCAAGAUUUAUGA